GGUCUUAUUCGCUGACUCAGUGCCUUAAAACAGCAUUAUCUCCCAACUGACCAGUCCUGCAACGUUCGCUGCUAAAGAAAAAAAGCCAUGGCCAAAACAGCAAUUGCAUACAAAGAGAAGAUGAAGGAGUUGUCUGUCCUCUCCCUCAUCUGCUCUUGCUUCUAUCCAGAGUCCCAGAAGCUUGUCUGUGAAUUUGAAGACAUGGAGGUGAAGCCUAUUAACAAGCGAGCAUCAGGCCAGGCCUUCGAGGUUAUCCUGAAGCCUCCCUCCCCAGUGUCAGAGACGGCCCACAGCAUCACCAUGCCUCCCAAGAAGGACAUCUCCCUGGAUGACAUCCAGAAGAAGCUGGAGGCUGCUGAGGACCGCCGAAGGUCCCAGGAGGCCCAGGUGCUGAAAGCCUUGGCGGAGAAGAGGGAGCAUGAGAGGGAGGUGCUGCUGAAGGCCAUGGAGGAGAACAGCAACUUCAGCAAGAUGGCAGAGGAGAAGCUCACCCAGAAGAUGCUGCAGAUCAAGGAGAAUCGCAAGGCCCAGCUGGCAGCCAUGCUGGAGCGUCUGCAGGAGAAGGAGAGACAUGCAGAGGUGGUGCGCAGGAACAAGGAGCUGAGGGAAGAGCUGACAGCGUGAGCCUCACCCUGACCUCAAUCAACAGCCCACGCCCUUCCAUCCCUCCCAAACCUUAGCCUCUCCAGAAAAGACCCAGAGCCCAAGAGGGAGGAGGAUUUUGCCACCACACUCUGCCCCCUCAAUAUGUACACACACCCCUCUAUCAGUAUUAUCAGUGGAAAUGAAUGAAUUUCUUGAAUUUAAAGGAAACAAACAUUGCCAUUACUAUGUAAAUACUUGAUUUAUGUAUCUAUCUAUCUGUUGAUCGAUCUGAUUUAUCUCUCUUUUUCUCUCUUUUUUUUCUAUUUU